AUGACUAUACCAACUACUGAAAUCCCUGCCUACCAACUUUCAGGACUUGGGGGCAUCCUGGUCGGACAUGCUAUUCCUCCUAAACCAGGGGUUAGUGCUCGCGAUGAACCCCAGCCGCACACCUGGUCCUUACGUUCUGGCGUGUAUACUCCGCGUGAAUUGGUCGAAGGCUUCGCUCCCCUCUUGGAAACUGUUUUUUACCAUCUAGGCGAGGAUUCUCCAAACACGAGACCGGCCCGAGCAUCGCUACUCGACAACGUUGCCUCCAACUUGUCCACCAACACUCGGGAAUCAACCUUACCAUUCCAGGACGAUGUCACCGAUCUCUCACGCCGAGAGAUAAAAGAGCAGGCAGAACAAAUUGAUAGCACACUAGUGAACUGGGCGCGUGAUGCCCCCAAUGGCCCCUUUGAACCAAAUCUCAAUCUUCGUAGCCCGUGUGAGAAUCAUUUGCUCACGCCAGGCAAUGUCGAGCUCAUGUUUGGAAAGCGCAGUCAGCCACACCUAAUGCAGCUAUGCAAUGAAUAUCUGCACCAAAUGGUUCUACUUCGUGAUGCCCUCCUUCCCUUUCGGAACUUCGACAAGGUCCUGAUCCCCAUCAAUGGCAAAGCUGCACGGGGUAUGCGCCACCUAGAGCCUGCCCGCGAACGAUUCCUGACAACCCUAAUUACCAAGAGCGCGACUCAGUCAUCUGUAGUUGAAUUGGCUAAAGCACUCCUAGAGCCAAAUCUACCGCAGACUGACACCGGUGGUUAUGGUUUCCAGUAUGAGCAUGGUUGCAUCUUGCCAUCUUUUCUGAGCGGCGGCGAUACCCACUUCCACUUGCUAGAGUAUAUGCCGACGAAGAUCGAUCCAUUGGAAGAGAAAGUUCUAUUUGAUUAUGAGUUGUCCGAUUACUUUACUGCUCAGCGUUCUGAGAUUGCUGUUGGCUCUUUGGUUCGGGCUGAGGAUCUGCUGAGCUUCCCCUCCGAUUCCGUCUCUCCUAUUGUUCAGAAUGCUCAUGUGGCCAUCACCUCGUCGGCCAGCUCCACUAUAUUUCAGCUAAAGCUCCAGCUUGGUUUGAAUAAUGGCAAGUGCAUCGGUGUUGAUAUCGGUCAGAUCGCUCGCGGACAUCGCUACUCCUAUCAGGCACUCACCGGUGAAAGUACAGGCGUUCUGAACCAGAAUGCCAUCGUCCACCCGGCUCUUGACAUUCUCCUACAACCGGACAGUGGUCUCAUAACCGCCAAACAGGGAGGUCUUCAUGUUAUCCCGACCAUGCAGCCAAUCGUCGCACUCGCAAUUCUAGGGAAGAUAUAUCCAGAGAAUGUCGUUCUCCUACCAGAGGGUGGGGCUCUUGGCCAGACUGAGAAAUCUGGGAAAGACUUCGAGCCUAAAUUUGUUAUCUGGGGUGGUGUGAAACAGGGUGGUCUAAAGGGACAUUUUUAA